AAGGAGUCGACUCUCCACCUCAGUCCUCCGCCUUCGCUGUGAAAAAAGGUUAAAAAAUGCUAUUCGUACAAAUAAUUAAGUCACAAAAAAAAUGAUCAAAGGUGUCAAAAUUCAAAAAUGUCCUGACGUCAUUUGUCGCUGCUAACUAUGCUAAAUGAAACUUGAUUGAGUUUUAUUCCAUGAUAAAAUUCGAUUGAGUUUCAUGAUGAAGUCCGAUUGAGAUGAAGUUCAAUCAGACUUCAUGAUGAAAUUUGACCGGGUUUUAUAUAAUUGAUAAUAAAGUCCAAUCUAUAAAGUCUGAUCGGACUUCCUCAGAUCAUCGAACUUGUACAUUUUGUCGGCACAUGUAACACGAUUCAAAAAAGUUUGUGCACUUUCGACAAUGAUUUUUGCUUCUAAUAAUGUCUUUUGUUUAGUAGAAGAUGGAAAAAAAUUUAAUAAAAAAAUUAAAAUUUUGAAAAAAAAAAAGUAAUCAAAAAGGUCUAAACAACGUGUUUUUAUCUCUCUGCAUGGAUUGAUUAUAUAAAAAUAGUUACAUCCAAACAGAGCAUAAAUAUACAGCCGUAUAUAUCUAGAGAACAGCUUAACUUCUGUGGCCAGGCAACGAGUUUGACCUCUUUUCCUUCGCACUUAAAUUUAGUUAAUAAACUCCCUCUCUCAUCCAAUUAUUCAAGUUCUAUAAUUAAAUAAAACAAUAUCUAUAAUUAAUUAAACUCCCUCUCUAUAUUGUUUGAUUUACCUUAAAAGGGUUAAUGAAAAAAAUAGAACAAAGAAAAUAAUGAAUCCCAAACGGGAAACCCGGGAACUGAACUCCGCUUCCACCAGAUUCCCAACACUAAGACGUGUAAAACUGUCCGGUCAAAAUCGGCUCUUCUAUUUAUAAAUUCCAGCCCACCCCCUUCCUCUCUUGGAUCAACCUUUGUUCUCCCUCUCUCUCUCUCUCUCCCUCUUUCUCCCCUUCUCUGUCGGUUUCAAUUCAAACCCUUCUUCCAGAUCAGUGCUUAGCAAUCCAAUUUUGAAGCAACCGAGUUCUGUCUGCCUGUUUGGUCAUCUCAAUUCGAGCAGUCAAGGUUCAUGUCUGAACUCGAUAUCCAGAUCCCAACAACUUUUGAUGCAUUCGCCGAGGCAAAUGCUGAGAACUCAGGUGCUGGGUCAAAGGACUAUGUACAUAUCCGCGUACAGCAGCGCAAUGGUAGGAAAAGCCUGACCACUGUCCAGGGGUUGAAGAAGGAAUUCAGCUACAACAAGAUACUCAAAGACCUGAAGAAGGAAUUUUGCUGCAAUGGUACUGUUGUCCAAGACCCAGAGCUCGGCCAGGUCGUCCAACUUCAAGGCGAUCAAAGGAAGAACGUCUCAACCUUUCUUGUUCAGGCUGGCAUUGUGAAGAAGGAACAGAUCAAGAUUCAUGGUUUUUAAGUUGCAGCAGAAACGGCAGAUCUUCUGUCUGUGUGCAACUGCUGCCAUAUCCGAGUAUAAACUGCUUUCAACGGCAUGUGUUCUGAAUCUAUGUUCAGCAGCAGCUGGUAGUCCUAAUGUUGCUUGAACAUGUUACUCUUAUAUAUCCGUUCUACAUUCUCUGUUUUCAUAUGUUCAUUUUCAAACGAUCACAAGUUAAAGAAAAAAUGCUUCAUUCUGUGUGCCAUAUAAUCAGCAACGAUCCUCCCAAUGUUAUUGGUAUGCUGUAUGUGAAGGGAAAUGGAAUACGUGCGUUUAAGGGUUCAGU